UUGGAAAAGCAGUGGCUCAACUCUAAAGACGGGGGGCAGAUGGCGGGGGUGGUGACGAAGGAGUGGGGCGUCUCCAUUGCGGUGUCAGUGGUGGUGGUGGCGGUGGUGCAAGCAGCUCUUUUGGGGGUUACGGAUGGCGACUACGAUGGGAGUGAGGAAGUCAUCCCCAUGAACGUAUCAUCGCUAGAACCCACUGAACUCCUCGUAUCUUGGACAUUCGAACACAACCUAACAAGUUACUUCGAGGUGAUGUGGAGUCCACCUAACGAGAUGACAGAGAGUUCCGCCACAACCAACGACACUUCCUACAUCAUCACCGACCUCACACCACGCACAAGCUACACCGUCUGCGUCCAGGCCAUGGAUGCGAACGACACUGAGCUGGGUUACUCUGCCGACGUGACUGCUACGACAUCCACACCAGACUCGCCUCCUACGAAUUACUGGAUCGUGGCAGUGAGCGUGGCAGCGGUGGUGAUUCUGGUGGCAGCCGGAGUCGGUAUCUACGUUUUUAGGGACAAGCUGAGACGGCUGAAACCACGGAUAAGGGAUUCUUCUUCCCGCGGCUCUCGUUCGAGACAUGGACCGAGCAACUCCCCGUUCCCGGAAGUCAAUGCUGCUGCUGGCGAGGUGCGAACGACUAACCUGCGGAGGUACAUCAAGCGACUGGAGGAAGACACACAGAGACACCUUGAAGAGGAGUAUGAGCUCGUGCGGCAGCAGUCUGCCCAGCACCCGGCCCUGGCAGCUGCCGAGGACAUUAACAAGCCCAAAAACCGUUUCCGCAACAUCCUGCCCUUCGACCACAGCAGAGUGGCGCUUCCCUUGCUGGAGGGAGAUCCUUCCUCGGACUACAUCAACGCCAACUACAUAACGGACGCUCGUGGGAGGCAGCUGUUCGUGGCCUGCCAGGGCCCAACAGCCAGCACGGUGGGGGACUUUUGGCGGCUAGUGUGGCACGUCGGUGCCACGGUGGUGGUCAUGCUUACUAACUUACGGGAAAAGGGAAAGGAGCAAUGCACUCUGUACUGGCCGACGUCCGAGGAGCCGAGGAUUACUACCGGGGGCGUAACAGUAAGUAGACGAGGCGAGGCGGGCAGCGACGACCUAAGAGUGAGGAAAUUUGUUUUGCACAAGGGAAAGGAGCAGCGCCUGAUAAGGCAGUACCACAACACCUCGUGGCCUGACUUCGGCGUUCCCCGCCACGAACAUCACCUUCUGGACUUAGUCAGCGAGGUGCGGGACGCUACACCACGAGAUGGCUCUCCUGUUGUGGUCCACUGCCGUGCCGGUGUCGGGCGCACUGGCACCUUUAUAGGACUUUGGAACCUGAUGGACAUUGUGGACACACGGCAGCCACAGAGCAUCAACGUGCAGCAGACGGUGUUGGUGAUGAGGGAGUGUCGACCGCAAAUGGUGCAGACCCCGGAGCAGUACCUGUACUUGUAUAAGUGUAUUGCCGUCUACCUGGAACAUUCCACAACAUGGAGAAGAAAGGCAAGUCUCGACCCGUCAGGAGUGCAAGUGGCAGAAGAUUGCCAAGACUACAUCCUUUCCUUCGACAACCCAACCUUCACCGAGGAAGAGCUUGAUGAUGGUUCCGAGGCUUUGUCCGUCCCAGCUGGUGGUGUUGAGACGAUGCACUGCUGAUAAAACGACCCAUGACUGAGUGUGUUCCUGCCUCGGUCACUGUGUGUUGUGCUGGGGUCUGCUAACCUCACACUGGUGGCUUGUUUAUUACUGGUAUUGGUUUCAGGUGUCUCCUGUUUUGAUGCGAGUUAUAAUAAGCCGCGUCCACACCAGGCCUCGUGAGCCGGGCGCUCCUCCGUGCCGUGUUGCCAGGAGCUGAUUUGGGGCAGAGCGAGGGGCAGUACCAUGCGCUUCUGGCGAUCUUGGCAGUAGUUAUUACAGAGCACGGGGCAAAAGCUCACCAGGCAGCAGGCCGCCAGUAGCUGUAGUUUCUUUGGCAAUAUAUAGUUCAAUUUUCCUAAGCUAAUCAUAAAAUAUAUUGAUAGACAUCCGCACGAUUUUUUUCAAAAAUAUUCUAAAUAGAAAAAGAGAUUGGAGUCAAAACUGCAAAGCUUUUUUUAUGCAUGCCAUGAUGUAUCCUUUUACUCCAAUCUGUAUAAAGCACAACUCUGAGAACAUUUUACAAGUAAGUAAACAUUGGUAAAAAAAAAAAAAAUCAAUUUGUAAGGAUCGUCUACAGGUAUGGAUAUAAAUACAAAAAGAAAAACAAAAAAAAUAUGUAAAAUUUUAAACGAAGGCGAAGUUUCUUCUUAGCAACGUAAUUAAUUAAUUGGACCUUAAGUAUAUGAUUUUAAGAUGAUUUUAAUUAAUAAUGGUCAUGUAUAAUGUACGAUAAUGACUUUCAAACUAAAAGGAAUAGUAAUUAAAUUUGAUUUACAAUUAGAAAUGUCAGGGAUUUAUUUUUCAUAAAAACUUGCCAAAACA